AUGUAUCACCAACAUAGCGUACAGAGAUCGCCUCCAAGCUAUCUAAGUAAUCCGGCGUUGGAUUAUACAACUAAUCCGGCUUAUCCGGCAUCAAUGUGGUUUAAUGCGUCCGCUAUGAGUGCCGCUAAUCCUUUUAAUACUGGGUACGUUCCACCGAGUUAUUCAACGCCGCCGCCACCACCAAUGCUAACACCGAACCAUCAAAGACAAUACUUCCCGUGUUCGGCGAGUCUCAGCGCCACUGAUUUCGGCUGGCUGUCGAUACCGACGCAACAAGAACUCUUUAAGCUUGUACGUCCACCGUAUUCGUACUCCGCGCUGAUUGCGAUGGCUAUUCAGUCCGCCGGGGAGAAGAAAAUAACACUGAGCGGUAUCUACAAGUAUGUCUCAGACAACUUCCCAUUCUACAAGAAGAGUAAAGCUGGCUGGCAGAAUUCCAUCCGCCACAAUCUCUCACUAAACGACUGUUUCAAGAAGGUGCCUAGGAGUGAGGACGACCCAGGGAAGGGUAAUUACUGGAUGCUGGACCCUAACUGCGAAAAAAUGUUCGAUAACGGCAACUUCCGAAGGAAACGUAAACGACGCGGUGAUAGCAGUACCACCGCAGCGAACAGCGGUGUCCAAGGCAGCAGUCUGAAUUCCUCAUCGUCCACUGCCAGCACGACCAGAGAAACAGCUAAGUCUCAAACAAGUCACGCAGAUACAGUCAAAUCCACGAACAAUGAUACGACAAUACUGACGGCGGCGACAACACCAUCGCAAACACCAAUCACGGACGCUCUGCUGAGCGGUGCUUACCAUCAAUCGAUGGCAUCACAUGUGACUCCAAGCACAAACCAGUGUAACUUCAGCGUGAGUAGUCUCUUACAAAAUCACUGUAGUUCUGGUCAUAUUUAGUAAAGCAUUGCGUAUUGUGCGGACAUAUCUAUACGCCUACUAAAGAGACAACCCAUGACAAGAAAAAACAUUUAUUUCCAUUACCUUCGUCGAGUAUUUUCCGAUUUACGAAAGUAUGGAAAGAUGGUAUAUAUUAUAAAAGUUGUGUAUAUAUUCUUUAAAACUUCAGAAAUACAUGAUAGAUUAUAUUAAUUUGUUCGACAGACACACAUCAUCGCGUAGUUGUUAGCAAAUCGUCUGACGAAUAUGCCGUUAGAUUUAACCCAUUCAUGUUGAUGUGUCGUGUGUAUGGCCAAUUACGAAUAUGCCAGCCACCAUAUAUUUUAAAGCUACAAAUCGACAAAUCGGAUUUUGUGAAACUUUCUAUCUUCAUUUAAUCGAGUAAGAUCAUGAGAUUAUUUUAUUAUUGUUUGAGAAUUUGAAAUAUGUCUUGACAUUAUGUGAUUACUUUAGAACCUCGAUCUUAAUACAAGUAAUAUUCCGAGUCCAAAAAACGAAUCUUUUAGUUGCAUCUUCUUUAGGCGGAUAACGCCGAGUGAAUGGCAGUUAUGGCCUGACAUUAUUGUAAUAAGACUUCUUUGCGUCAGUUUCAUAGUUGUUAAUUUUGAAUGACGAUCGAUUGGGGUGAAUACUCGGAAUUAAUAUUAUCAAUUACAAUAAUUCUAUUCAAUCGAUUGAGGUAUUAGAAAUUAUGAAUAAUAGCAAGACGACCAUUGGCUUGAUCACCGGACAUGGGAAAUUGCCGCGACAUUUAACGUUAGUAAUAUACAUAUACUGUUUUUGUUUAUUGUAAAUAUAUUAUAUUUUGUGAAAAUGUUAUUAGAAUUGACAGUAUAUAUCAGUAAAACAAUUCUCCAUGAUGAAUAAAAUAGUUGGCUGUUUCUGCA